UUCCGUGGUUCGUGUCAUCACAGACCAUGGCAAAGCUACUGCUGGCCGCUUUGAUCAUCUUUCUCUGUUUUGUCCCAGCACUCCUUCAAGAUCCAUGUCUAACAAACGCCAUCUUGGCAGGUCCAGAGACACGAAGUUCCAGUAAUGUUCAAAACACUACUGAUUUACAAGUGUCUUUCUGUGACAUAUCCCUGACUCCCGGGUGGUACAGACUCAAAGUAGACAACGAAGAUGCUGAUCUUGCCACAUCUCCCCCUCCCCCGGGCGCCUGUAAUACAUUCUAUCCUAUCUGGAUAAACGACGAACUUCCAAUCACAUUAAACCAAGAGGCUCUAGUGACGGCCUGUAUAGUCUCCACAGAAGACAUGCCAUGUGCAAUUGAACUCCAAGCCAAAGUCAUCAACUGUGGCACUUACAGGGUCUAUCAUUUACUGCCCCCAACCCUCUGUGCUUCGGCUUACUGUUUUGAUUUGAUCGCACCUUGCCCUGCUGGUACCUCUUCGGAGACUGGAUCAGAACCCGGAUGCUCAGACUCUUUUCCCAACGUCGCCAUAAAACCAGUCGUGACUCCUCUCCUUGGAAUGAGCACAGAAGAUGAGAAUUUUGAAGACCUGAGAUUUAACUGCAGUACUGCUGUAUUUGACCCCGGUUAUUUCUAUGAUGUGGUGUGGAGAAUCAAUGGCGAUGAGGUGAUCCGGAUUACUAAGCAAAAGGGAUCGGAUCUGCCGGAGUCGGGGCAGCUUCUUGAGACGGUGUGGAAGCAUGAGUACAAGCUUGGCAUGAAUGUCCAAUGUUCUGUCAGGGUUCGGUCCUCAGAGAACGGAGUCCCCAGCCCGGAGCAUCACAGUGACGAAUUCUUCGCUGGACUACGGUGCCUGUCCCUUGCCGAAAAAAAAGUCCCUUGUGUCCUAGCUUUUAAAGACUUUUCAAAUGAGGAGAUAAAUGGGGUCUGUAAAAGAACCAUUCCCGGCGAAUGUGGAUUUGAUGUUUCAUCCCACGACUGGAACGCUAUCCACGAGCUGAAGGUGACGGCAGAGUACGACGGCAUGUUCGGUGGACGGCUGGCAGAGAUCUUCUUAAAGGCGAUCAACCCUGUCCUGGGUGGGCCUCUGAACGUGUGGGCUGACGUCACUCCCCCCGUUGUUAACGUGAACAUUCAUGAUCUGAAUGUUAAUUUUGCUACUUCUAUGUGUUAUGCAGUCAGUGACCCCCAUUUCAAAUCAUUUGACAGAAGGUUUUUCGAUGUUCAACUUCCCGGCGAGUUUGUGCUUUACCGUCACAAGACAUUACCCUUGGAGGUACGCGGAUUUUUCCAGCCAUGUGGAGGCACUUCCCCCGCCCGGUGUGUUUGUGGUGGCGCUGUACGCUCGGGGAAACAACUCUUCGUCUAUUCAUUCUGUCGUGACAAUGUGGCGUACCAAACUACCCGCGUCCGGGUGUUUGGCUGUAACCAGAAACAGAUGCGAGUGACGUCACUCCACAAUGGACGCGAAUUCCAGAUUGAUCUACCAAACGGCGCCAGAGUGAUUAUCGGCAGCAGAAUUUACAUCUAUCCCUCCCCGGCUGACGUAGGACAGGUUAUGGGGCUGUGUGGCAACUUCAACGGGGAUAAGGAGGACGAGUACAUAGGACCGAAUGGGAUCCGGCACAGCAAUGACUGUGACUUUUUUUUAUUUAACCGUGGCAAUUUGUGUGUUGUAAAUAACUACGGGUCGACUUGGAGGAUCGAUGACCAGAUUGAGUCAUUUUAUAACUACCCGGACCUCAAUCUGGGAACGAAUCCCGUAGGUCGCUGUUCUUGUACAUCACCCGUCCCGGGUCUUCCAACUCAAAACGUGGACUGCACUAACGUGCCCCCUCCACAGUGUGACUCCUUGGACCCCGAGGUGACGAGCCAGUACUGUACACAGCUGUCUGAACCCUCAUCCGGACAGAGAAGGAGACAGACUGAUUUGGAUGAGAGUUUGAAUUUUGACGAUAUCAAGCACAUUCUGCCGACGUAUCCAGAUGCUGAAUUUGCGCGGUCAGUUCUGAAAUUAGUUGGUAGUUGUGGUGAGAUCAACCUUGAUAGCUGCCAAAACAACUUUGUUGGAGGAAGAGCUCGAAUUGUGAUCUCUAAGUGGUCCUCGCGGUCCCAGUAUGGUCAUUAUUGA